GUCAAAAAAUUCAACACACCAGCAGUGUGAGGAGACCUGAAAGUGGCACAUGGCAUGGCAGAGUGUGGCGAUGGAGACAGCAGCAAUGGGAGGCGGUACAGGGACCCAUGAGAGACUCUGGACUUGGCAGCAGCAUGAGGAGGCGGUAUAUAGGGGCCCAUGGCAGAUUAGGGGCCUGGCAGCAGCUAUGGGAGGCCCGUAAUCUGCCAGCACCCUAUGUCAAAAAAUUCAACACACCAGCAGUGUGUGAGGAGACCUGAAAGUGGCACAUGGCAGAGUGUGGCGAUGGAGACAGCAGCAAUGGGAGGCCGUACAGGGACCCAUGAGAGACUCUGGACUUGGCAGCAGCAUGA